CAUCUGCUAGAUGCUGCUCAGAAGAUGAGCAGCAGUGAAGUCCAGACUGGGGAAAUAAGCGGAAUCCCGUGUGGCCAAAGGCAGUGUGGCGAGUGUAGAUAAACCCCCCCUUAUGAGGUGAAAACCCUUCCCCGUCCUGCAGUAUUCCAUCCCGGCAGCAACAGCAGCAAUAAGGGAUGUCACGGCUGUUCCUCCUUUUGUCAAUGCUCAUUCUCUACUGCAACAUCCAGGUGUCUCCGGCUGCUACUCUGGAUAAGCUAAAGGAGAGUUGGAAAUUGUACAUGGAGGAGUGUGAUCGAAACAAUAGCCGGGAUCCACCAAGCACUGGCCUUGUGUGCAACAGGACUUUUGACAAUUAUGCCUGUUGGCCUGAUGGACUCCCCAACACAACUGUCAGUGUGUCGUGUCCGUGGUAUCUGCCAUGGUACCAUAAAGUUCAGCACGGCAUGUUGUAUCAGGAAUGUGAUGCAAACGGCCAGUGGGUGACUACGAACAAUACCAGCGAGUGUGACUCUAAUGAUCCAAGUCUGGAGUACUAUGGCCAUAUUCAGAUCAUGUAUACAGUCGGCUAUUCCUUAUCACUGGUGGCUUUGGUGUUGGCGCUUGGCAUCCUCAUAUUCUUCAGGAAACUGCACUGCAUGAGGAACAACAUCCACAUGAAUCUGUUUGCCUCCUUCAUCCUGCGAGCGCUGUCCAUCCUCAUCAAAGACGCUCUGUUGGAGGCCAACAUCACAUCGCAGGACCUCAGCAGAGACCAGGAGCAGGGAUUCCCCCAGGCAUCAAUGCCUCCAGUGGAACUGCUGGUCAACAAUGAGACAACAGUUAGCUGUCGCAUCGCGGUGGUGAUGAUGCAGUACAGCAUCAUGGCCAACAGCUACUGGCUGCUGGUGGAAGGCAUCUACCUCCACAACCUCCUGGUCAUCACAGUGUUUACAGAGAGGAACUACUUCAAAAUCUACCUGUGCAUCGGCUGGGGUACCCCGUUAAUAUUCCUUGUGCCAUGGGUGGUAGCUAAAUACCUAUAUGAAAAUCAAGAAUGCUGGGGCCAAAAUAUAAACAUGAAUUACUGGUGGAUCAUCCGUUCCCCGAUACUACUGGCAGUUGUGAUCAACUUCCUUAUCUUUAUCCAUAUUAUCAAAAUUCUUGUGUCAAAACUUCGAGCGCAUCAAAUGAGAUACACAGAUUACAAAUUCAGGUUGGCUAAGUCGACUCUAACCCUGAUCCCUCUGCUGGGUAUCCAUCAGGUGGUCUUUAUCUUUGUGACAGACGAGUCCACCAAGGCCACUAUCGGUCUACGCCUUGCCAAGCUCUUCAUCGACCUCUUCUUUUCCUCCUUCCAGGGUCUCUUGGUGGCCAUCUUGUACUGCUUUGUCAACAAAGAAGUGCAGUCUGAGAUCCUGAAGAAGUGGAAGCGCUGGAAGCUAGGGCGGAACAUCGAGGAGGAAUACCGCCACACCUACAGCAAUACCCCCAACACCAAGACAGCCAGCCUGAUGAACCAUGUGUCUCGACUGUCUCAUCUCCCAGACAUCACCAAAAACUCUGCCCCGGUCAGCAGCCCUGAGGAAAGGCAUAUGCUUGUGGCUGGAUGCCACAAUGGUAUGGUCCACAGUAAGGAGGCAGGCCAGUGUGCAUCUCCACGGCACGAGGGAACCAUCAGCAACUGUACCCUAGUGGAGGACAUCAGCCUUACGGACAAGGUGCAGGGUUAUGAGGGUCAGAGGGAGAGUCACCUGUGAAAGCCACUGGUAACAAGAACUUCAUGAAGAACGUUGGAAGGCCUUGAGCCCUCAUCUGGCUCUGAAAUACUGCCCUGGGUGUCUGUGAAGAGCAGUCGUUGCCCAGA